AUUUUAGAGAAAAAUUAACAAGCAAAACAGAAAAGAUCGCCGAGAACCCAGACACUGAUUCACCACCACAUCACAAAAACUCAAGGCUGACAGAAGAUAAAGUUGUAGAUCUGAGCACAUUGCAGGCGCCAUUAGGACUUCCGGAAAACGAAGAGCCAUCAUUGAAAGGGAGAGAAGCAAAACAGCAGUUUCAUUCACAGCGUGUCGUCAAAGCACUUGACCUCCCCGUUUACCUACGACAUUGGUGACUCAUCCAACACUGACGACGCUGAGGGAGUGGGCGAUACGGACGAAACAGAUAAAUAGCUGAAACAGAGGUCCGUCCUGCAACAAAGCCAGAGUUUAACUUGGCGCUCUAUCGAAAUAAUAUAAACAGCAAAUAGAAAAAGCAAAGUGUUCAAAACUUGAACUUGUACACGGAAGACACUUAAGAGAAUACAAAAGAAAAAAAAACAACAACAAAAAACUACCUUGAACCUCAAAGUGACUGUCAAGUGAGUUUGAAACGAGAUUUCUCUCCUGUCCGUGUGAAUUUCAGAAACAAUGUAUUCUCAAGUCAUCGUCCUCGUCUGCCUCCUCGUCGCAACCUGCCACGGAUUUUUUGUGCCGCCUGGCUAUGGAGGCAACAGAAGGCCCGCCAUCUGCCCCCUGCCCAGCAAACCGUGCCGACUCCAAAUCACAAUGAGGCACCUGAACGGAACCGCCGCUGGCGAGAUGGAGACAGCACCCUGCACCUGCAAUGGACGAGUCGAGUGCCCCUCUGAUUGGAACGAUAGAAAUCACGUGAUUUCCAGGAAUCUCAUCUCAACAACCUCCAUUAUGACACUGAACAUGAUGUUCUGCAGACCCAUACAGCCACCUAAUUAUUGUUCCCUGGGUCAAGAGGCUUUGGUUGUUUCCGGUGCCAUGACCAUCCCUAACAACGUGGAAGACUUCAACUGCCGUUGCUAUGGCGACAGCCCCUUGUACCUGCACAAUAGACGCUAUGCAGAAAACCAUUUGAUCUACCACACAUACGUCUGUGACUACCAUAAACCUACGUGUCCAAACUACGUGACGCGCUGCAUGGUGAUGCGUGAGGACUCAGUGGACUACACGUGCAAGUGUGCUCAAGGGCUUCACUGCAGACCACAAGAAGACGACUGGACAUACCCGAUGUACGGAUAUUGUCGCCCUUGAACUCUCCAACAGACGAUCGUAGUUGCCUCAAGAUUUCGGCGACUUCCCUUUCUCGACAUGAUCACGUUGUCAAAAUAGGUCAACCGGAAGUGUACCAACGAGAGCAAGACGUAUCUGAAAAUUGCGUCAUUUUGUUCCAGAAAAUAAAUCGGUGUUCGUGAAGAAAUGAUUAGAUUAUCUGUUAUGUCUGUGCUUCCCUCUUACAAUUUACGUUGUCCUGUUUUGUAGUUAGCGCUUUGUAUUUUGUUCUUUUUUCGUCAUAGAAUGAAUGCUUGGUCUUACAGUGAAACAAUGUACAGGGUAUGCUUGUACGCUGGCUUUUUUUCAUGUGUUUUUUUCCCCGAAGAGGAAUUUCUUGUGUGACCUCUUUUGUUUUACUCGGUUGUUGUCCUCCGUGUGUUUGUUUUUGUUGUUGUUGUUGUUUGUUUGUUUGUUUGUUUGUUUUUUUAAUUGCACCUUGUUGAGAGUUUUGAGAAAAUAAUUAUACUUUAUAAAAAAGCGAGGAGGGGUUUGGGAGAUCGAAGAAGAGAAGUGUACUUUGUGGAGAAAAUGCACGAUGGGCCGUUUGAAGGAACUUUAAGGGUUUUAUUUCCGAACUUAAGGGUGUGGGAGGGGCUGGGGAGGGGGCUGAGAGGCUUCACGAUGGACCAGUGAAAAUAUUCAAAUCUGUGCUCAGCCUCUACGUUUGAUCAAAUUAAAUUAUGAAUCUUUUAAACGCUGUCUUUGGAUUAAAAACCCUUGGAAACUAAUGUAGAUACUAAUUUGUUUGCUUUAAAAAAAAAAAAAGCAACAACAUGUACAUGAUUGAUAAGUGAUAUUUAAAUGUCCUUCGACGUGUGUUUAGAUAUAAGCUUGGGGAGGGGGCAUGGCUUUUGAAGAAUUAACAGAAAGGGGGGGGGGGGUGUGGUAAAGGGCAAAAACACUAUAAUCAAAUAGCUGUAACCCUUCUUUGUCCCUAUCAUUUUCUUUUGACGUUCGUUUUGUUGCUGCUGGUGUUGUCAUUGUUUUUGUUGUUGCCUUUGUUGUUUGUACACUUUCUUUCUUCUUAUAGAAGAAGGUCAGAUGGGCAAUAUGUUUGGGUCCUUGGGGGGUGAGUGAUUAACAUGGAACUCAAUGUGUGUGUUGUCAUGUUAGAUCUACUCAAACCUUUGAUGUUCGCCCGAAUCCCUUAAGUUGUGAGCACGCAUCUUUAGUGCAUUUUCAUUUCCGAAAACUGAAGAGGUUGUUUUACCACCGUCGUUCCCGUGCACCUUCGUAGAAUUAUGAUACAGCACUUUUAGUUUGUAUUUAUUACGUUAAUUAUUUUUUGUAAAUUUGCUUGGUUCCUAUAAUAUGUAAAUUAUUUUUGUUCUUUACAUUAAUCCCCUCUCAUUUGCAGAAGUCUUUGCUUGCAUUUUAAAUUUGUUAACUUUGCCUUGCUUCUGCUUACAAUGAGAUGUUUGUAUCAUUUCUUUUGUUAUUUUUUAGACGGAACUUUCGUUGUAUUCGCCAGGAACUUACGUAUAUCUACGCAGUCCAUUUUGCUCUAAUUUGAUUUCUAUCCAAAUUGAUACUGCUAUUUCUACAUUGAAAUAAAUAGACAACAGUUUUUUUGCUACAUACUAUCUAUGUGAAUGGUUUAUGCUUUGUGUUUGAAAAUUUACAAUUAUUUUACACUUUCUUAAAAUUCUUUUUAAAAGAUGUGUCCACUUACCUCCUUAUAAUGUCCACUCUUAUUUUAUUGUUAUCAAUUCUGUUACAUCUUUCCCUUGAAAAUUUUCCUCUGUUCUUGAAAUUAAGAAAUGCACCCGGACGUUCAAGGAUGUUAGUUCCUAUAUUCAAAUAUUUAUUUUGUAUACUUUUAACUAUGUUCCGUCGCCUGAAAAGAUGAACAGUGUGGCUAGCACCAUGAGAUGAAACAAAAGAACAAAGUUGAUCAAUAAAAAAUGUCACGUUGAUUCAAACUGAAAAAAAAAA